UGGACUGUGUCCGGCCUUGAAUCUAGUUAGUGCAGUUUGGAAUAUGCUGCUGUAGACCAGAUUUUAAAAGGCUUUUCCUGUUAAUUCGCAGCUCAUUGUGCCUCUUGUUUCAGGGUCGCGAAGAGCUGAUUUAGUGAUCUAAAUGGACGCAAUACUGAAUUACAGGUUGGAAGAUACUGAAGAUUACUACACGUUACUGGGAUGUGAUGAAUUGUCUUCGGUUGAACAAAUUCUGGCAGAAUUUAAGGUCAGAGCUCUGGAAUGUCACCCUGACAAGCAUCCUGAAAACUCCAAAGCAGUGGAGACUUUUCAGAAACUACAGAAGGCAAAGGAAAUUUUGACUAAUGAGGAGAGUCGAGCCCGCUAUGACCACUGGCGGAGGAGCCAGAUAGCGAUGCCAUUCCAGCAGUGGGAAGCUUUGAGUGACUCGGUGAAAACGUCAAUGCACUGGGCUGUCAGAAGUAAAAAAGAUCUGAUGCUGGAAGAAACUGACCAGACUCCUACUGACAAGGCUGAAAAUGAGGAGCAGAAUGAGCGAAGAGAAAUAAAGAAAGAGGAGCUGGGUUCAACCACAGAGAAAGUGGAGCAAAAAGAAUCUGAGUCCUUGGAGAACUCAUUUUCCCCACAGAAUCCAGAUUCUUCAAGUUUUUCAGAUAUGAACUCUUCCAACUUUCAUUGCCGCUGGUCUGGGGAUGCUCCUUCAGAACUCCUGAGGAAAUUCAGAAACUAUGAAAUAUGAAAUGUCCUUCUCUGUAGGAGAGCAAGCGAGUCAGCAAGACCAUCACCUGUGCUGCUAAUGUGCAGUCUUUGUUCAUAUCUUAAAAUGUCAUGUUUAUAUGUCACGUCUAUGAGUCGCUGAGUACUGAUUGAUUUUUCCGUCCUUGAACCCAUUCUCACAAUGUUUUUUAAAUAAGGAAAAUAUCAAAAGACAAGUUUCUAUUUGUAUAAAUUAAGGCUCUUGGAUCCCAGAGUUGAUUGUAUUCUGUGUUUUCCUGUUAAUGUUAUUUGUAGAAAUCCAUUUAAAAAAUUGAUCUCGGUAUUUAAAUAUUUAAUUGAUAUAUGAUGAUCUCUAUUAAUGCUGGGUGUACAAGAAAUGUUUUCUGACUCUGGACUUAAAACGAAAUGUGAAAUUACUUGUGUAAGCCCCAUAGAAUGAAAUAAAUAAUUUUCUCAAAGUUCAUAAUAAAUGUAUAAUUCAACUGUAUUUUGAAAAUAAUUUGAGUAGGUAUUUCUACUUUAAUUUUAAUAAUUGUAAAUUUAAGAAGUGAUUUAUUUGAGGAAAUAUGUUGCUACUAGAUUUCUUUGGUUAUGUAGCAAGUGAUUAGAAAUUUAUUUUCUUACAGUUUGAAGGUUAGAAGGCCAAGAUCAAGGUGUCUACAGGUUUUGUUUCUUCCAAGGCCUCUCUCCUUGACUUGUAGAUGGCUGCUUUCUCACUGUGUCCUCACAUGGCCUUUUCUGUGCCUGUAUAUCCCAGGUGCUUCUUUUUCUUAUAAGGACAUCCGUCAUAUUGGAUAAGGGCCCCACCCUAACAGCCUCCUCUUAACUUAAUCAACCCUGUAAAGACCUUAUCUUCAAAUAAGAUUACAUUCUGAGGUAUUGGGAGCAGGGGACUUCAAUAUAUGAUUUUUUUUUUUUUUUUUGGAACACAACUAAGUUCAUUACACAGGUGAAAACUUAAAAAAAACCCCAAACAAACAAAUACAAUCCAUUAUUGGUUCCCUUAAUUUUAUUUGAAUUUGUAUUGCUUUGUCAAAUCUGUUCAGAGAAUUAUUUAUAUCAAUAUUUUACCACUUCAGUAAAAUGUGAUUUGGCAUUGUUACCGUAUCUGCAAAUUAUACUUUAAAAAAGAAAAAUGCAAAAAUAUAGCAUGUUAAAUUAAUAAAA